AACAUGAGGAAUGGAUUGACAUUUUGGACGCGGAGAGGAAAAUACCACAGCCAUCUUUCCAGGUCCCUGUCAAAAGGACGUAAAUUGCCAGCAAACAACUUCGCCAUGACAACAACUAAGGAUUUCAACCAAUCAGCAGCAGGAGAGGUCGUCAUGGUUACGGGAGGGGCAGGCUUUCUGGGACAACAUAUUAUAGGCCACCUACAGGAAAAGGCCAGCCAUGUGUCAGAAAUCCGAGUACUAGACAUACGCCCAUACUCAAAUAAGCUCGGUCACAGAGAAUCCAAGCCCCUGACCAGCACCCUAGGAGAUAUCUGCGACCAGCAAACGGUCCAGCAGGCUUGCCAGGGAGUGACCACUGUCAUUCAUGUGGCCGGACUGGUCAGCUAUGGAACAUUUCCAGACAUAAACGGCAUGCAGAGGAUCAACGUCCAGGGUACCAGGAACAUUGUGGAGAGUUGUCUAAACACAGGAGUAGAGAGGCUGAUCUUCUGCAGUACAGUCGAUGUGGUGGUAGGUUUCGAUGACAUUCGUGAAGGAAUGGAGACAACCACGUGUGUGCCCAAACAGUUUCUAUUCCCGGGCUACCCCGCCACAAAGUACGAAGCAGAAUGCCUGGUGCUCAAUGCCAAUGGACAGAAAAGUGUAAAUGGCAAUCCUUUGUGGACAAUGUCACUGAGAGCUAAUGUUAUGUACGGGGAAGAGGACCCGUUCUAUGUCACCAGUGGUCUCCGGUCAGCUGCUUCAAACAGAGGUCGACUGGUCCAGGUCGGGAACGGUCAGUCCAAGUUCCAGCAGGUCUACGUAGGGAAUACAGCCUGGGCAUUUGUGUGUGCUGACCGUGCCUUGAGACUAAACUAUAACUUGGGCGGGGAGAUCUUUUACAUACCAGACUACACUCCUGUGCAAAAUUCAUUCCUGUUCAUGCAGCCAUAUCUGGAAAGUCGUAACUACGGUCUGUCGCAGUAUCGACUGCCCUGUGGCCUAGUGUACUACAGUUUGUAUCUGAUGGAGUUGGUAUUACACCUCCUGGCCCCUCUCAUCAGGAUCAAUCUUCCCACAGCCUCCUGUAGUGUGCGUUACAUCAACAUGGACUUGUAUUUUAAUGGUAGCAAAGGGAGACGACUCCUAGGCUACCAACCCCUGUACAGCCCACAAGAGGCCGAAAAACGGUCUCUAGAGUACUAUAAACAUGUUAAAUUAUAGUCUUGAAAAGCUAUUACAACAUUUAUUCAACUUCAGUCAGAGCAGGUGUGUUCAGUUAGCUGCCUUCAUGCAAUAGUUUACCAUGUUAAUGUGAAAAGUGUUUUAAAGUUCAAUGGAUAGCAAACAAAGAAUGAAAAGACAAUUUGUCAGAUAGUUGUACGCUGGUGCUAUAAGGAUAUAUCAAACAAGAGCUGUUUGUGUGGGAAAAUGCCAUCGUUCAGAAUUGCAAUAUUUCGGCUUUUCCAUGCAAAUAUGGCAGUCGUAAAAUAUGUUAAUUAAAAGUCAAUGUAAAAUAAUAAAUAAUC